AUGAUGAGACGCUGUGCUUCUGGCCAGCUGUGCUUCUGUCUUCGACGACGAAUCCGAGGGUUCCGGAAGGCCAGCAUGGAAGUUGAACUCGACAAGUGCCCUCCCUGGAACAAAAAUGGAAGUAGACAACCCCCUGUUUGUGGAGGAAAAUAUGUUUGUUGCAGGGAGGAUGCCUCGUACUGUGACCUUGGGCAGGUGAUCACGAUGUUUGGGUCCGGUCAAGUGGCUGGAGGGCCUGCUCGACAGGCUAACAGGCUACAUGUGGUCAUGAGCUGCUUCACACCCGUGCAACCCGUGCCUCAUGCAGUAUACUUCCCUCAAGAAGUGACAAGCAUUGCACAGGUGAUCGGUUCAAGCAACAGCCAGCUAGCUGCACCAGAGCUCAAGAAGCAAUUGAACAGAUUUACAGCUCGCAAGAAAUUGUGUUUGCAGAUCAUGUGCCCGCCCAAGCUUUACAACAUCAAUAGCCUAUAUAAGAGAGACUGGACAAUUCAAGCGGACUCCCGGAAGGCAGAUGCUCAAUAUCAAUCCCAAUCUCGAAUCUCUUAG